AAAAUGGAAUAUGGAACAAUAUUUCCAUUCAAAGUGGAGCUCUGUUUUUAACAUUGUUUAAAGUCAAAGAUAUAAAAGAAUGCUCUCGGAUGUGUUGCCAUACAAUGACAUGUUCCGUUUCUAUUUUUGAAAACCCAGUUGAUAAAAAAGAUAAUUCGAGCCCUAAUUGUUACUUAUUCUCAUGUGGUUUGAAUGCCGAACUAUGUACUUUCGCUCGACACAAUCAUUAUUCCCUCUCUUUUCAUAGGCCCAAAUCUCCUGAGAAUAUAAAUUCUGAUCCUAACAUUUAUCCUCCAUCUUAUUACUUCAAUCCUAAUGUGGAACACAAUAUACACCGUGAGGAAUUUACAUACGACUCUAUCGCUAAAAAUGAGGUUGGUGACCAUGAUGGAAAAAUAAAAAACGAAUCUUUCAGACCAACUGAAAGGGGUAACGUAAGUUUGAAUAGCGAUGGCGUCAUGAAGUUAAAAAACAGAAAAUUUGAUCCCUCGAGUAACGCUAAGAAUUUGUCAUUUCAAUACGAUAUAAUCAUGGAAAGGCACGAUGCGAAUGAGGGAGUUCGAACCAAAUAUUAUAUACUCAAACCUAUUGCCGAUAUACCUAAGGAAGUCAAAUUCAUUGUAAAUAAUAGGAAUAUGCCGAAUGAAAUGAAUGCAUCAAAAUUGAGCCUUAUUGCGAUGAGCAAUAACGUCACGAAGGACAUUAUUACGCAUUACCCUAAACACCAAAUCGAAUCCGAAAUUGCCCAUAAAAAUGACGGGAAUACUUCUAAAUUUACUCCGAAAUAUGAUCCCAAUGACUGGUUUCGUAAGCAUUAUGAAGAUAAUGAUGAUAAUAUUAAGAGGUAUCCUGGAAAUUUCAAUUAUUUUUACCUACCAUUCAGUUACUCCAAAGUGGAGCAUAACAAAAACGAUUUCAGGAGUUUGGCUAAUAUCUUCGUUAACGACGAUGGAAGAAAAUCUUAUCUAAAUUCCGAGGAGUUGGUCCAAAAUGUCAAGUCACAACAGCCUAAAAGACGCGCGAGGCAAGAUUCUACCCGGCAUCUCGAUCAUGCCCAUAACAACAGGAAAGGAAAACAAAAUAAUUUUUCCCCUAGAUGGCUCAAGCUUACCCAAUUUUCCGAUGUAAAGUCAAAGAAUUUCGCGCCAUAUCCAACACCUUAUCCAUUCAAACGUCAAGCGUCUUUUGAUAGUGGCUUAGAGCCUCUGCCUUACUUAGAGAGUGCUAGACCACGGAAUUAUCCGAAAAUAAAAGCCACGCAGUUGUUUUUAAUGAAGGAACCCAACGAUGCUUUAAUGCCUCCACCCCGUUCACCUUUUAACGCAGCCCAGAUUCAGAUUUUGACAUCUCGAGAAAGAAAUAAUGCUGCCAGAUAUUCCCCAUCGAAUAAUAAGCGAUUGUAUCAACCAUCCAUCCAAAAUUUCAACGAAGCAGACGAUCGCUCGAAUUAUUAUAUUUACGAUCAAAACGAGAAGGCGGAUACGACAUCCUUAUACGAUUACAAAUACCCUAUUACCCGAACAAAUAGUCAACUACGUAUUAUUGAUAUUGAGUGCAACAGUGAAUACGAAUUUAAAUGUCUUUCUGGUUCACCUUCUUGCAUAGCUAUUUACGAUGUUUGUGAUAAAAUACCACACUGCCAAGAUGGCAGUGAUGAAAUAGAUUGUCCUAGAUUUAAAAGCAAGACUAAGACUAAAGAAAGUGUGGCAAUGAAUGCCACAAAUAAUAUUUUUACAAAAAAUCUAAGCCGUUUGUUGAAAACAGGCAAUGCGGACUCCAGGGAUUCUUCAUUCAUUUAUGGCAAAAUAUCUCUGUUUCGGUCCAAAUUUAAACUCAAAAAACGUAAAUUACUGAUCGGUAUUCUCUCCACCCUUUCCGCUUCGUUAUUCCUUUUUCUCCUCUGUUUAUAUUGCUACAGCUCCCAUCGCCUAAAUAAAAGCCCUAAGAAAUAUCUGGGCAAUAAUAAAUCAUGGAGGGCAUCAAAAAUUUUUAAAAUUUUCCCGCUAGCCUAUCUUUUCGAUUUUGAAUUUAACCACAAAUGGUUUAACAAAUAUAACGGGCUUAAGAAGCCUGAUAAAAAAUAUUACGUUAAUGGUCUCACCCUGUUUGACGACUACCAAUAUGACGAAGAUGAAGAAGAUAAUGAUGAAUACCAGGAUACCGAAAGAAAAAACGUUAAAAAAGAGACUAACAAGGAAAAGGAGGGAGGGAUCUUAGAGGACGAGUUGUUUCGUCGUCAGGACUACGAAAUCGGUGCAGGGAAAGAUACUCAUGAUGUGGUACAUAAUGGACAUAAUAUAAAGGGUACCAAUAGAAAAGGUUUAUUAGAACCAUUACUAUUUGCCGAAAAUCAAGAUUUUUAUAAAAACGAAUAUUUUGAUAAUCAUUACCAAGGAAGUGCCAGGAAUAACAUUAUUAAGGUUGCCUUCAAAGAUAACAAAAUGUUAGAUGGAUCCGUUAGUAUGGGUAGCCAACAUUUUUUAGAUUCUUUUGCCGCUAAAAAGCUUUGGAAUAAAAAAAGUAAUCAGAAUAACAAUGGACAUAAAAUUACAAGGGGUUUGAAUAAGCCUAAAGGGAAAAUUGGAAGGCAUUGCACUCCUAUAACAUCAAAUAAUAUUGAAAGCGAAGAUAUUUGAUAAAGUGAUUUGUUUAGUUUCCAGUUUAACAAAAUAUUUAUAGCCAUAAAAAUCAACCAAAGAUGUGCAAUAUUAUAAUGAGCAUUAUUUUUUUGUGUAUUUUAAAAGCUCAUUUUUAAAAAAAAAUUCAGAAAAUCCUCAAUCAUAUAUUUAACUCAAUAAUUUCGGACCAUUUUUUUGUGCAAUAUUUUAUAAUAAAUCCUUAUAUAUAUUAUUAGUUUAAAGUCGCAUGUAUUUUUAUUGCUUCUAGUAUAAAACCAAUUUUUCGUCGUCAUUUAUAGCAAAAUAUAUAAUCGUUUUUAUAAUUUUAUUUUUUAUAAAUAUAUGUACA